UUAAUAAGAAUAGUUUUAGAUCAUGACUAUUAAAAAGCAUGUUCGGGUUCUGUAGUUUGUGUUUUGAAAUAAAUAAUAAAAAAUUAUUCAAAGAAAAAUGGAUAUUUAAAGAGCUACAUUUUGGACAAAAAAGCCUUUUGAAAUGGCUAAUACGAAUAAUAAUUAUUUUAAAAAAUGGUAGCUUAACUUUAGAACCAGAUUUUGCAUCACCUUUACAAAAUAUUUCUGUUCCUAUUGGAAGAGAUGCUGUAUUUACUUGCAGUGUUAAAUAUCUUGGUGGACAUCGGGUGGGUUGGAUCAAAGCGGAUACUAAAGCCAUUCAAGCAAUACAUGAACAAGUUAUAACUCAUAAUCCAAGAAUCAGUGUUUCGCACAGUGCUGAUACUUGGAAUCUUCAUAUCAAAUCGGUUAGAAUAGACGACACUGGUGGAUACAUGUGUCAAAUAAACACAGAUCCGAUGAAGUCAAAUCUAGGUUAUCUUAACGUUUUGGAGCCCCCAGAUUUUAUACUAGAUGAAUUUUCAACCGACAUUGUUAUUACAGAAGGAGAUGAUGUGAGCCUUGUUUGUAGGGCGAGUGGAAGACCAAAACCAUCUAUAGUUUGGAAAAGGGAGAAUGGAGAUGAAAUAAUAUUAAGGGAAGACGGAGGCGGAAAAUAUUCAGCUACAUCUUUUCAAGGAGAGGUACUUCAAUUAAAUAAAGUAACCAGAGAAGCAAUGGGAACUUACCUUUGUAUUGCUUCUAAUGGUGUACCUCCAAGUAUUCAGAGAAAACAUACUCUAAUAGUUCUAUUUCAUCCAACUAUCCAUGUUCCUAAUCAACUAGUUGGAUCACCUAUUGGAACGGACGUAAUGCUAGAAUGUAUUAUUCAGGCAUCUCCAAAAGCCAUAUCAUAUUGGAUAAGAGAUACAGGCGAAAUGGUAGUCUCUUCACAAAAAUAUUUAAUGAAGGAAAUAUUAAAAUCACCGUAUGAAACAAGAGCACUUCUCACCGUUCAUAGUUUGAAUAAAAUGGAUGUUGGAUCUUAUAGUUGCAUAGCCAAAAACUCUAUAGGAGAGGUUACAAGCAGUAUUCGAUUAUAUGAAAUACCUGGUUUUUCCAAAUCAUUUACAACACCAAGAACAGAAGAUAUAACAGAAGAAAAUAAACAAAUUUGGACCAAAAAUAUUAUUGAUAACAAUUUUCCUACGUUGAAGUCUACGUCAACUGUUUCUUCAAAUAAUAAUGAUUUGGUUAUUACAAGCUAUAUAUCACGACGACCGUAUAUUGUUCCAAGGGUUGUUUUUUCUGAUGAAACUAAAUUUUCUAAAUCAGCUUACCAUAAAACUUCAAUAAUAUGUUUCAUUUCAUUCUCUUUUAUUAAUUUUAUUUAAAGGAAAAUGGAAGUUUUU